AUGUCCGUGCUGUCACGUAUUUGGUAUGCGGGUCCCAAUCUGCAAAGCGUCCCGUACCGUCCAGCGGGGGAGCACGGUGCAGCCUUGACCCCAGUCAGUCGCGCAGCGCACUACAGUCAAACAAGAUGUAAGUGCCCGGUGUGGCAAAAGCGAGUUACCAGCGGCGUAGUGCUGGGACUUCUACCCUCCCCGUGGGCGGGCAGAGGAACACGGUGCGCCCCGCGGCGCCCCGGGAGGAGCCGCCCGUGGUGCUGCCUCCUGGGAUUGGCGAUGCUGCCCACGGGCGAGCGGCUCGGGCAUCACACCCGCCUUCUGGAAAAUAAACCACGUUACCUGCAGAAGACUAUUGUUAACUGCCAUGAGAAUCUGGAAGGAUUUCAGGUCAUGACAGUGAGAGCUGUGAAGGAGCGGGCUGUAAAACUCCAGUUUGCUUGCUGGGAUGGUAAUUAUGCUUUCUUUGUGGAAAUCAGUACCUGUGGGUGUGGAGGUUUGCUUGAUUUCUCUCUGCCAUCUGUUUUGUGCUUAGGUGACUGCCAGCUGCAAACACCUUGUCGAAUCCAGAAGUGCACCACCGAUUUUGUAUCCUUAACUUCACAUCUAAACUCAGCUCUUGAGGGCUUUGAUUUGGAGUUCUGCAAGGCCCUGCGAGCAUACUCUGCCUGUACCUAUCGCAAUUCCAAAGUAUGCCGUGGAAACCUAGUCUACCAUUCUGCAGUGCUUGGGAUCAGCGACCUCAUGAGCCAGAGAAACUGUUCCAAAGAUGGACCCACAUCCUCCACCAACCCUGAAGUGACCCAUGAUCCCUGCAAUUACAGUGGCCACACAGAAGCCAGAGAACAUCAGGGAGGGGAGAAGACUCAUCCUACUACUUACCUAUUUUGUGGCUUGUUUGGUGAUCCUCAUCUGAGGACUUUUAAGGAUCACUUCCAGACAUGCAAGGUGGAAGGUGCUUGGCCCCUCAUAGACAAUAACUACUUAUCAGUGCAAGUGACCAAUGUGCCUGUGGUCCCAGGAUCCAGCGCUACUGCUACAAAUAAGAUAACUAUUAUCUUUAAAUCAUACCAAGACUGUACAGAUCAGAAAGUAUAUCAAGCAGUGACUGAUGACUUGCCUGCAGCUUUUGUUGAUGGUACAACAAGUGGAGGUGAUGGGAACACCAAGAGCUUGCGAAUUGUGGAGAAAGUCAGUGGCAAAUACGUCGAAAUGCAUGCCAAGUACAUUGGGACCACGGUGUAUAUACGCCAGCUUGGGCACUACUUAACAUUGGCCAUUCGCAUGCCUCAAGAGUUGGUCAUGGCCUACGAGGAAAGCCAGGAUCUGCAGCUGUGUGUGAACGGUUGCCCUUCAACUGAACGUAUUGAUGAUAGUGGCCACUUACCAUUGCCUGUGAUGGGGCAGUUGCUCCCUCAGGGUGGUGCUGCUCAUCCCUGGUCAGUGUACACACUGGAAACUGCCACCACCAAAUGCCAUGAGAAGAUGCUGGUGAAGGACAUCUAUUUUUACUCAUGUGUAUUUGACCUGCUCACCACUGGUGACACUAACUUCACGGCUGCUGCUCACAGUGCCUUGCAGGAUGUGGAGGCACUGCACCCCAGAAAAGAGCACUGGCAUAUCUUUCCCAGUAAUGGAGGUGGUGGUGUGGGCAAGGGUAGCAAAUUCUUUGUUGGUCGUGGACUUGUGUGCUUGAUCCUUGUUGUGUUUUUGUAGGUUUUGUUGUCUAUAACAAAGUUUUGAAAUAUAUAUUGCCAUAAUAUAUUGAGUAAAGAUGAGUAUAUAUGUAUAUACCAUGUAUAUGAAGGGGUGUUUUGUCUUGGGACACCUACCAGAUUGUACAUAUUGUGUUAACUGUUUUUGUGUAUGUUUGAUGUAGUAUUCUUUGUACUUAUUUGUUCUGCAGUUGGUGAAAUGUUUUAUAAUGUCCCUGCAUUGGGACCUGAUAGAAAGCACUUUAUUUUUUAUAUAUUAAAUAUUUAUGUGUGUAUCUGAGUAACUAUGUAUUAUACCUACAUAAACGUGCAUACAAUACUCAGUGUUCCCUCUAAGUACUACUUGGUUUAAC